AUGACAAGUCUUGAAAAAGAAAGCACGAAUGAGCUCUCUGUUUCUAGUAAUAACUCUGCUUCUAACUUAACACAUUCAAACAAGAGACAAAGAACUUGUGGUCCUAGCUUUGAUGAGAUAUGGUCAUUUUUUUUAAAAGGAUCUAGCAGGGGUAGCGGACAUUAUAGAGUGAAUUGUUAUUAUUGUCUAACUGGUUGGAAACGUGGAAAACCACAAGUUAUAAAAGCACAUUUAGCCAACCAUUGUGAACUUUGUCCUGAAAAUAUUAGUAAUUAUUGGCGCCAAAAAUUAAUUGAAGAAGCAAAUACAAUUCAUAGUCAAAUAGUUAAUUUACAAGAUGCAAACUGUAUUCUUUUAAAAUUAAAAUGCCGAAUUGAUCAAUCAUUAUUAAAGGCAUGGGUAAUGACUGGAAUUCCAUUUAAUGUGAUUGAAAAUCCUUUCAUAAAGGAUUUAUUUAAAAAAUUAAAAUAUGAUCCACCAUCAUGA